AUGACCUACUUGAAGGGCUUGUUCAAGACCAUCGAUGUUAUUGCCAAUCCUACUUGCGCUCAGACUGCGGAACGAAUUCUUGAAAGUGAUGAAUCGGGCUGCUGGAAGUUUGGAGCUACCCUCAGGUACAUGAUGUAUGUGAAACUGGCGAAUUACUCGGGUAUUCCAUCAAUAACGGUUCCAUCUGGAUUUGCGCCCAACGGAUUGCCAACUGGAAUCAUGCUUUCGGGAAACUGGUAUUCUGAAGAAGUACUUUUCAAAAUCGGCCAUGUUCUUGAUCUUGACCACAAACGCGAAAAACCAGAAGUUUUUACCGACCUGUUGCAGUGA